AUGAUCAAAAUCUACUUGGCCAAGAAAGGUGAUAAAUCAAUCGAUAAUCUGAGUGCUCGUGAUGUAGCAAUUGCCUCUUCCAUUGCAAAGAUAUUUGCUUCCACAUUAACCUAUCCGCACGAGGUUGUGAGAGCUAGGCUUCAAGAGCAAGGACACCACAGUGAGAAACGUUACUCGGGGGUAAGAGACUGCAUAAGGAAAGUGUUUGAGCGAGAUGGAUUCGCCGGCUUUUACAGGGGAUGUGCAACGAAUCUGCUGAGAACAACUCCUGCUGCAGCUAUCACAUUCACUAGCUUCGAAAUGGUUCAUCGUUUCCUUGUCACUCGUUUGCCUUCUGAGCAAAGCUCUCUACUUUAA